GCGGUGGAGACUUCCAGUGGACCUAGUAGUGGAGAAUGAGUGAAAUUAUGAUUAGUAGAGGCGGAAAACGAAGGGAUGUGGAAUGAGAUAAGAAGCAAGUAUUGCGGAGGUGGGUGAAACUAGCAGAGGAGGAUAAGGAGGAGACUGAAGGGUGAUAUGAGAUGACGCGAAAUAGGUAGUUAGGAAGAACAGGCUGAAGCUGGUUUGUAAAGCAGGAGGACGACGGCGGGCAUGAUAGGCCGAGAAGGUGGCAUUUUUGAGGUGGUUGAAAAUUUUACCUCUGUGGUCAGACAGGCACUCAACUUGGUCAAACACAUCCGAUGCCUGUAAAAGUCAAGUUGUCCAUUCACUUCAGGAACAGGGUUAGUAAAGUUUCUCUUUGUGCCUUUGUGUUUAUGUUUUUCCCUAUAUAGGUAGCUCUAUUAGCAGUUUAUUUACCGAACUUGCACUAGAACUAGGACAAAAGCUAACGAAGAAGAAAAUCUGAAUUGUUAUCGAGUUCGUUUUUGGCGACUACAGCAACAGCAAGAGCAGCUACAUUCUCACUGGUAAUAUUAGCUACAAGUAUAACAUUUCAGUUUAUGAGCUAGGAUAUGCGGUAAGCGACGGCGCCGGAAUAAGUGUAGGCUAACGCUUCUGAUAAUGUGCUUCUUGUGAAGUUUUUACGUGCUGCACAGCAUGUCCUCGAAAUUCUCACUCUUGUGUCGAGUCCAAUUCUUGAACAGAAUGCGCGUUCUCACGCGCAGUUAAUGCACUCCAACAGCUCAUUAUACGCCGCACGAUAUCAAAAUAGGAGCAAGUGCAGAUGAGUGUCUUCAGCUGUUGCAACUCUAAGAGCUACCCGAGGACGCGUGUCCAUAUUACUAACUUUUCAUACCAAAAGCUGCGGCCUGCUCCUCGUGGAGCUGCAGCACAGGGCAGAAAUGAGUAUCCGCCACGCAACGGGGUACACCUGUACAGGAAGAUAGAGGUGGGCUCUACUUCAUCCAUUCACAUUACAUCAAACGUCAUACAUGGACAUAGACGAACCAACACGCAAGCAAUGUCAGUAUCUUGCCCCCCAAAGCCAAAUGCUCAAUAUCGUGUCCCCCUAUCUUUCCCCAACCAAUAUAUUUUACGGGCCUCACCUCAAACUGCAUAGAGCGCAACAAUCAAAAUGGAGAGAGCUUAGGUAACCCCCUGACGCAUGUGCAUGUUGCCAGCUUCCAACAUGUGUGAGGAUGAAAAUAUACAGAGACCAGCACGCCGUAGGGGUGCGCUCUCUGAAGGCUAUCAGUGGAGUCGCCUUCGGCCGAAUGUUGGCGCACUACCACAGCACGUUCUAGCGUGA